UUUUUUAAUAUUUUUGAAUUUCUGAAAAAUAGUGAAAGCGUUAAAAUUGAUAUCGGAACGGAAAGAGUGCACGCAUGAAUAAUUGAAUAUCACCUUGAAUUAUGUGAACAAUCACUGCCUCCACUUCCAAAUAAGCACCAGGAUUACAAACGUCAAGUAUUAUUUCGAACACUUCCACCUUGAAACCGACGCUUACUGUUACUGAGAUAGCUCAGGGGAAUUGGAGAGGAAAACUUUGACGCAACGGAGGUUUGUUUUGAAGCCAUUAACGGCGCAGCAGCACUUUUCGGUCUCCACUUAGCGGCCGUGUGUUGAAAUGGUAUUGCCAUUUGGUUUGGCCUCUGACGGUCAUAACGUAGCUGGCAACCAAACCAUGGUCACCCCCACAGCACCACCUGCUUUCCUAAUGCACGGCCACACAAACGUCUCCACUGUUGUGCCUGUCAUACCAAGUCCCUACAUCGAUUUCAUCGUUGUGAAUGGCGACGAUCGCUACAUGAUACGCUGCGAGCGCAAGGCAGUGCUGGAGAACAGUGUUGAAUUGGCGAAGCUGAUACGAGCUGGCCCAAAUAGUGGACGCAAGGGCGAUAAUCAUUUUCAAAUAUCCAAUGUGGACAAGAACGACUUCGAAUUGGUCAUACGGUUUUUAGAGACGAAAUUCGUGCGGUAUCGCGACCAUUUGCAUAUACUGAAAAUACUGGAGUUGGCCGAUCGUUUCAAUUGUCCCGAUUUGGUAAUACACUGCAUACGUGAGCUGGACCUGCAAUUGACGAGCGCAGUGGUGAUCGACAUCUUUCGUUCGCUGUGGUUCUACCAAAGCAUUUCAGUACCAAACCAACACCAAUUGGGUGCUGUAAUUACAACACAGGAUAGCGCUGCCAACAAGAAGGCAAAACGUAAAACACCAAACCCUCAAACAAACGCCAAUGCUGGUGGCGGCACCGCUGCUGCUGGUGCAGGCGACAAUGCGAAUGCGGGCGCUGAAUCAAGUCCACACCCCAAUCCCUUCACAGCAGAGGAAUUCGGCAUGGCUUUGCUCAACAACUCGCUACAGCUGAUCGACAUGCAUGCGCAAUUGGUGUUGACCAAACAGCAAAUCAACGAAUUACGCUUUGAGGAACUCGAAAUGAUAGCGAAACGUGAGGCGCUACAACUAAGUUCCGAGCUUGUGCUCUUCAAUUGUUUGGCGGACUGGAGUGUGGCCGAGUGUCAACGCAAGAAGCUCGACGCAACGGCCGAGAACAGACGACGUGUGCUCGGGCCGCUAUGCUACGCGCCACGUUAUUUACUCAUGAAUAUCAAUGAAUUUCGCAAAGCAUGUGAUCGCGUUGAACUGCUGGAUCCGGUGGAAGUUUCGCUCGUGAGUGAUGCCAUCGAAGGUAAGAAGCUGAAGAAUCUGACACCAGAGCAAAGUCAAUUGCUGGAGAAGUUUCGAACGCCACGUCCCGAAUUCCCAAAAAUGCCAAUACACCUUAGCGAUCGCACCAAUCCGAAGAACUAUCCGAAGAAAAUGCGGCGCGCCGAAAAGGGUGCAUCCGGCGAAGACGGUUGCUGGAGUAAUUUCGGCAUGAACUGCUUGGCAGUAUUCGCAUGCAUUUUCGACUAAAAUAUACCGUAGUUUAGUUACAACCUAGUGGACUAACAAGCAUUUGAAUAUUGAGAUAUGCAUAAGCACAUAACCAACUGCUCUCACGUUUUGUACAAUUUGAAUUUUCCACUACUCCACAGUGCAAUUGGUUAAGAGAGCGGCGCACAUUCAAGCUCAGAAAUAGUAGUUCAAUGUGAAGCACUGUCUUGGUUAGAGCAUAGACGCUGAAGGAAGAGUGGGCGAAAAGUAAGAAUUAGAGUUUAUAUGCUGCAGGAAGGGAAGG